CAUCACAGCCACUCUACAUGAAACCAAAAAUGAGAGGGAGCUGGCCCAGGUUUGGGGUCCCGGCGCUGGUCCUCCUCCUGCACCUCCUGACCGGCUCGGAUGCCGUCUUCCGGAACGGGACUGUAAGACAAGAAAAUGACGAUUCCCGGGGAAGCAGAGCCACCUGCGCCAGAAGGGUCCUGCAGGAGAUCCUGCCACUGCCACAGACUUGUCCGCCCGAGGUGCUCGGCCUGAGGGGCGCCGUGUAUAUCCUCUACGACGUGAACAUCUCCGAGGGCUUCAACCUGCGCCGAGACGUCUACAUUCGCAUGGCGGUGUUCGUGCGCCGGCUGCAAAGACGGAGGCGCUUUCGCCAGGUGCGCCUUGUGCUGCCGCCGUGGCCUCGCCUCUACCACUGGCACUCGCAAGGCCUGCAGCAGGCUGGACUAGCUUGGAGCCACUUCUUCCACUUAGCCAGCCUUCGCCGAUACGCGCCCGUUCUGGACUACGAGGAAUUCCUGGCCGAGCAGCGCAUAUUCGGCAAUCCUGGAGCACCCCUGGUCCAUGUGGCGCACGGUUUUCGGCUGCAGCAUUACGAGGUCAUGCUAGAACAGGGCAUCUUUCGGGACAAGUUUGAACGCGUCGCUGACAAGCCGUGCAGCGAGGGAUCCCUGUCGGGAGGACCACUGCUGCAGCAAGCGGAGCUGCGUGUGGCGCGCUUCCACUGCGUUCGGUUUCAGGGCAGCGCCGGACUGCUGGAAAAACUGCUUCGUGAGGCGAUCGCAGAGGACACGACAGGACCAGAGGACGCCGACGACAUGCGCACGUACGCCUUGCUUAGCGCCGAGACCGUGCUUCACGACCACUGGGGUGACGAGCACUUUUGGCAAGCUCGGCGUUCCAUGCGUUUCGCUCGUCGGCUCGAUCAGGUGGCCGCCGGAUUCCGGCAGCAGGCCCUUGCCACGACAGAUGCUUCGGCCGAAGUCCAGCGACCUGCCAUGUGGGAGCUGGAGCGGCCGAAGCGCAACGCGAAGGGCGGAGAUUACCUGUGCGCCCACCUCAGACGGGGCGACUUUGUGCGCUCGCGGGAGGCGACCACUCCCUCCCUGAAGGCGGCUGCCCAGCAGGUGAAGCAGCUGCUGCGUGCGUUUAACAUGACCACCGUAUUCCUGGCCACUGACGCCACGCCCUACGAAUUGAUGGAGCUGAAGGAGCUCUUCUAUCGCUUCCGUCUAGUACACUUUGCGCCGGAAUCGAAUGUCCAGCGGAGGGAGCUGAAGGAUGGGGGCGUGGCGGUGGUGGACCAACUGGUUUGCGCCUACGCCCGCUACUUUGUGGGCACCUACGAGAGCACCUUCACGUACCGCAUCUACGAGGAGCGCGAAAUCCUCGGCUUCAGCCAGGCCAGCACAUUUAACACGUUCUGCAAGGCCCUGGGAGGAAGCUGCUCCCGCAACGCCGUGUGGCCCAUUGUAUGGGCGGAUGGCGAUAGCGAUAGCGAGGAAGAUUCCGACUCGUACUGAUUACCUCUGAGCUUGCGGACAGGAUUUUCCUUCUGUAACGCCCACUUGCCGUGCCGUAUGUGAAUUGAUAGACAACUCGAAUCCUAGUUUUAAGUUCAAAGCGAGAUUCCGAACCACCUGCGAUUGUGUACCAAAUAAUAAAUCUAUAUGCAACUAUCUGUGCUAGCAGAAAAACUA